GAUCGUAUAAACAACAUCACAAUUUGGGAAGAAAUUUGGAUUUUUUCUUUAAAAUGUUUAUAAAAAAUAGGGGAAACGUGUUCAAAUUAAUUUGUGUUGAAUUUUGAUUCGAUACUGUAUAAAAUAUUUUCCUACAUUAUCGAGGUUAGAGGUAUGAUAAAAUAUAAAUCUUUCGAAAUAAAUGGCAUUCUAAUUCAAGCGUCAGGAAAUUUUGGUUAUAUCGAUUCAUCACUGCGAGAAAAAUUGAUGAAUCACUAUAUAAACGUUUGAUAACUGCAUAAGGGUUUAAGCAUUUGGGAUGGGACACAUCAACCGUACAUGUUUCAAUUUAUCAUCUGACUUGUGAUUGAAGGAGUACAGUAUCUUAAACAUGGCUGAGGCAGUAAAAGUCAUAGUGAGAUGUCGGCCACUAAAUAAAAGAGAGAAGGAUCUGAAUUGUCAAACUGUUGUACAAAUAGAUUCAUCCAUUGGACAAUGUCAACUUUUUAAACCAGGUGAGAAAGAGCAACCACCAAAAUCAUUCACAUUUGAUGGAGCUUAUGAAACAGACUCAACAACGCAAACAAUCUACAAUGACAUUUGUUUUCCACUUGUGGAGGGUGUUUGUGAAGGUUACAAUGGUACCGUAUUUGCUUAUGGUCAGACAGGUUGUGGGAAAAGUUUUAGCAUGAUGGGCAUCUCUGAUCCAAUGACCCAACGUGGCAUUAUACCACGUGCAUUUGAACAUAUCUUUGAGACAAUUGAUGUCUCAGAAAAUACAAAGUUCUUGGUUCAUGCAUCCUAUCUUGAAAUUUAUAAUGAAGACAUUCGUGAUCUUUUGGGGAAAAAUAAUAAAACAAGACUGGAGUUAAAGGAACAUCCUGAUUUGGGUGUUUAUGUGAAAGAUCUCACAAUGGUACCAGUUCACAGUGUUGUUGAUUGUGAAAAAGUUAUGGCAAUGGGCCAUAAAAACCGCUCGGUUGGUUCUACACUUAUGAAUGCUGAUUCUUCACGAUCACAUUCAAUAUUUACAAUAAAACUUGAGAUGGAAGACAGAAAUUUGAAUGGGGAAGAACAUAUUAGAGUUGGAAAAUUAAAUCUUGUUGAUUUAGCAGGUAGCGAACGUCAGGCAAAGACUGGAGCCACUGGAGACCGAUUGAAAGAAGCUACAAAAAUUAAUUUAUCACUUUCUGCUCUUGGAAAUGUUAUUUCGGCACUUGUAGAUGGAAAAUCCAAACACAUACCUUAUAGAGAUUCAAAACUUACUCGUUUACUUCAGGAUUCUUUAGGUGGAAAUACAAAGACGUUAAUGGUGGCUUGUUUGAGUCCAGCCGAUAAUAAUUACGACGAAACUUUAAGUACUUUACGGUAUGCAAACAGAGCGAAAAACAUAAAAAAUAAACCAAAAAUAAACGAGGAUCCAAAAGACGCUUUGUUGAGAGAGUAUAAAGAAGAGAUUGAGAAACUGAAACAAAUGCUCAUGGGACAGUCGACUACACCUACGAAGUUGUCGGUCGUGUCUGGUAAAACUGAGGAAAGUUUUGUUCAAGAGAAGCUAACAGAAGAAACAUCCAGGAUUAAAAAUGAAUACGAGGAAAAAUUAUCUGCGAUGAAAAAGAUGUUUGAAAAAGAACAAUCAAGUAAGGAAAAUUUAAUGGAUGAAAUGACAAGAUUGAAGGCAGAAUAUGACCAGAAAUUGAACUCAGUUGAGUGCCAGUAUUCUUUUCCGCCUGCCACCAAAAACAGCGAAGAAAACCUUGAAACAAGUCGCGUUCCAAACUCAUCACCAAUCUCUCAGAAUGGCGUGGACGUUAGUGAGGCUGGGACCUCUCUACAAUUGCAUCAUGAAGCUCUUGCAAGAUUACACAAUCUUCAACAACAAAUUGUGGGAGGUGAACGCAAGGAUGACAGUCAACUUAAGGAAAAACAUAAAAAACGAAAGGAUCAUGUUUUUUCUCGUAAAGAAAAACUAGUAAACGCUUUAAAAACACUUAACAACAGUGAUCAAAUGGUUAUCAAAGUUUAUGACUCCUUGCAAGAUGAAAUCAAAGCAAAAAACAAGAAAAUAAAAAGCCUUUACGACGAACUUAAGCUAGCUAAAGAUGAGGUGGAAGAUCUUCACGUCGAGUUUGAACGUGAUCGCGAAGAUUAUUUGGAAACAAUUCGCAAACAAGAACAAAAAAUGGCCCUUCAAAAGGCAAUCUUGGAUAAAAUUCAACCUUUAAUACGAAGGGACUGCAACUACUUUAAUGUUGAUCGUGUGAUGGUUGAGUCAAAAUGGGACGAGGAUGAACAACAGUGGAUUGUUCCCGAUGUUGCGAUUGAACGUACGACAUUACCUAUGGCAGGUGUUGGGAAUGUCACUCCGCUAUCCCGUAAAUUAAAGACAGGAUCAUCUCCACCUUGCAACAAUUACGCAAAUGAGGAAGAUAAAUUUUUACAGCAUUUAAAUCGGACGGAAAGCAGUGAAAUUGCGGCGUCAUAUUUUGCCCCAAAACGCGCAAAUCGUCUUCUAGAGACACAGAAUCAUCAUCGACAGGACAAUCAUGAAAUAACCUUACGACAUUCAAGCAUUUCCUAUCAUGAAGCUAUUCCUCCUAUGGAAACUUAUUCCACGACAAACAUGAGACCUGUGCGUCUGGAAUCUUUAAAUCCAUAUAUGAUAAAUGGGAAAAAAAACAAAAAGAAGAAGCAAGCUGAUGGGUUUUAAGCAAGUUGUUUGCACUAACUAAUCAACUCAGUUUAGCUCAUGAAAUUAGCUCAGUAGCUUGAAUCAAUUUGUUGCAUCUAUGCUCUUCAAAAUGAUAAAUAAAUUUCACAUAUAAAAAACGCUCA